AGUCAAUAAAUAUGCUCAUUUUCGUUCGGAACACGUUAAGAAUAUUGAAAUUUACUAGUGGUAGCACCUCCCUUAGAAGAGUAAUAAAAUUUGAAAAGAUAAAUAAUACGUUUCACGCUAAAUCUAUGAGCAGCGAACCAAAAAAAAUGAAAACCGGUGUUAUAUCAAAAAUUGGAACUCAUAAUGAAACAUUCCAUUGCGAUGAGGUUUUAGCGUGUUAUAUGCUUCAACAGUUAGAAAAUAUGAAACAUGCAAAAAUUGUUCGAUCAAGAGAUCCCGAAAUCUUGAACACUUGCGAUAUAGUUGUAGAUGUAGGAGGAAUAUUCGAUGCUGAUCGCAACCUAUAUGAUCAUCAUCAAAAAGGUUUUAAUGAAACAUUUAGCAGUUUAAAACCAGAAUUCGGUGGUGGUUACAAUAUCAGAUUAAGUUCGGCAGGUUUAGUUUAUGUGUACUAUGGUGAAAAAGUACUACAAGCAAUUUUGAAAAAAGAAGAUGUUACACUAGACGCAAAUCAACUGAAAACGAUUUAUGAGCAAGUUUAUAAAUCUUUAAUAAUGGAAAUAGAUGCAAUUGAUAACGGUGUUCCUAUUUGUGAUGGAGAGCAAAAAUAUUUUAUUACGACGCAUUUGAGUAGUAGGGUUCAACAUUUAAAUCCGCAAUGGAAUGAUACCGGUUCCCUAAAUGAAGAUGAGAGAUUUCAGAAAGCCCAAGAUCUUGUAGGAGAAGUGUUGAGAGAUAAAGUCGUAUUUUGUGCAACAGUUUGGUUACCAGCAAGAGAGAUUGUAAAGGCUGCCAUUUUAAACUCGAAGUCUAUCCAUAUGAGUGGAGAAAUAAUCGAACUCGAAAAAUGCUGUCCGUGGAAAGAUCACUUAUUUAAACUUGAGGAAGAAUUAAAUUUAAAAGGUGUUCAUAAAUACGUACUCUUUUGCGGUCCAAAUAAUGAUUGGCGAGUUAUGUGCGUUCCAAACGAUCCAAAUAGUUUUGUUUGCCGAAAAUUUCUUUUAAAAAGUUGGCGAGGUUUGCAUGAAUUCAAAAAUCAAAAUGAUAUCAAAGAUAUGAAAUUUUGCCACUCAACCGGCUUUAUUGGUGGUGCAUAUUCAAGAGAGGGUGUUUUACAAAUGGCUAUAAAAAGUCUAGAAAGCGUCGAAGAAUAAAUAAAAUUAGGAAAAAUGAUAGUAUUGUACUUAAAUUAUAAUGACAUAAACUAAUUAAAUAUUUUCUUA